AUGAAGAAAUGUUCUGUCAAUACGCGAAAAUUUCUGGGCUCUUUACGGCUUCAAACUUUUCGCUUUCACAAGCUUGGGAACCAACAGCAUGCGAACGCCUCGACAAGAUGUGGGCGAAAAUCAAAUGUCACACUCCAUGAUGAAUUUUUCCGGUACACUUCAGGGAGAUGGAUAUUCAAUGAACAUCUUCGUCUAUCAGAACGAUUCCUUGAGUUUGACGUUUCUGCACUUCAGGAUGUUAUCUCUGCUGCAUCCGGCCGUUUGAAAUCCGAUCUGAAAACCUUUGUUAAGCUGUCAGAAGGCGGUUUCAACCGCGUGUUCGAGGCCACUUUCAGCGAUGGAAAGUGUGUUAUUGCGCGACUCCCAUAUCCAAGCACAGUACCAGAACACUAUACUGUAGCGAGCGAAGCGGCAACGUUAGACUAUCUUCGCCUACAUGGUAUUCGCACACCAGUGGUUUAUGGGUGGUGUUCGACAAAGGCGAAUCCCGUUGGAACAGAGUAUAUCAUUAUGGAAAAGCUGGAGGGUACCCCACUCGGCGACAAAUGGUUCUUAAUGACACCAAAGGAACAACAUAAGGUCAUGAAGCAGAUAGUCGAAUGGGAAAAGCAAUUGAUGUCACUGCGGUUUCCUGCGUCUGGAAGUCUUUACUAUACCAGAGACCUUUCAUCGGACAGCAGGAUACAACUCGCUGAUCCCAAUGAUAGAGCAUUCUGCAUAGGACCGACAGCUCAUUAUAGCUGGUGGCAUGACAAAAGGGACUUACUGAAUAUCGAUAGAGGACCUUGGUUGUCAUCAAUUGACAUUUUCCGAGCAGCUGGCGAACGUGAAUUAGCUUGGACCAAAGCCUAUGCAAAACCUCGCUUGCCCUAUGACCGGCUCUAUAGAGAGAUUUAUCAUUUCAAGCACGUAUCACCUGAUAGCCAUAUCACCGACCUUACCAACUAUCUUCAAAUGGCACGCUGCUUAGGGUAUGCAGACAACUCAACUUUAAAUCGACCUGUUAUGCGCCACCCUGAUCUUCAGCCAAACAAUAUUCUUGUGUCUGAGACAAAUGAUAUUAUCGGACUUAUAGAUUGGCAGCAUUGUUCUAUUUUGCCUUUAGGUAUUGUUGCGGGCAUACCAACUCAUUUCCAGAAUUAUGGCGAUCCCGAGUCGGAGAUGCUGAAACAGCCCGAGCUUACACUUCCAUCAAAUUAUGACUCUUUACCUUCACCCGAGCAAGCAUCUUUAUCAGAGAUUCGACGGAAAAGGCUGGUACAUUUUCUUUAUGCCGCGUUUACCAAAAGGCUAAAUAAGGAUCAUUAUGACGCCAUCUUCGACCAGUCUGUCAUUCUUCGUCAACGGCUAUUCAAAAACGCUGGUACACCUUGGGAAGGAGACUCAAUAUCGCUGCGAGCAGAACUCAUUCGCUCUAUACAGAAUUGGUCGAUAAUUGCGCAGACCACCGGUCCAGAGCAAAUUCAGAGUGCUUGCUCGGUUGCUCCGGUGGGUUAUUCAGAGGAGACUAUCCAGGAAACACUGGACUUAGAUGCUCGCCAAAAAGAAGCUGAUAUUGCGAUCGAAGAAAUGAGGAAUAUCUUAGAGGUUGAUGUUCUGGGUUGGGUUCCAAAUGAUGAUUAUGAUGCUGUUAAAGGAAUGGCUCAUAAUAUGAAGACCAGAAUGCUUGAAGCGGCUGAGACUCCUGAAGAUGUUAUCGGUGUUCGAGAUCAUUUUCCGUUUGAUGACUUCGAUGAAGUGGCUUGAGGCAUUGAAAGGAUUCUUUAGGUGUUCAUGUCAUUUUGACGACAAUACUUUUGUUCGCGACGGCAUUAGCACGCUCAACUUGCCAUAUUAUAGUAUCAUUCGGAGCAUUGUAGAAUCACCACUUUCACAGCAGUAUAAUGCCAGUAUUGUUAUGCUGUAGUCUUUGAUUGCCUCC